CAUGCAACGGUUACGGGUAUGAAAAUAAGCUUGCUGAGACGGCAAGUCUUUGCAAACACUCUACUUCGAUGCUUCCCUUCGUCUUUGAAUUGCAUCAUACACCGGAGCGAACUUGCUCGGGCCAAACAUCGACCAUCCCGUCCAACUGGUUCGCAAUGGCGACGGUACACCUCUAUCCGCGGCGCUGCCGCUGCCCAUCAGGAGACUGUUCGCCUGCCAGAAGGCGCAGAGAUAGGUGAAGAGACUAUAUUUGCUUUAUCAACAGCUCCCGGUCCCGCCGCCAUCGCAAUCGUUCGUAUAUCCGGACCACUCUGCGAGCACAUCUACAACCAUCUCUGUCCAGACAAACCACUCCUGAAGCCCCGCCAUGCCACGGUUCGAACCCUCUAUUCUCCUCACAUCCCUCCCUCCCCCGACACCAUCCUCGACACCUCCGCCCUCCUCCUCUACUUCCCCUCCCCCAACACCUUCACCGGCCAAGACCUCCUAGAACUCCACAUCCACGGCGGUCCUGCCACCGUGCGCGCCGUCCUCAGCGCCAUCCCAACGUGCUCCGGCCCCCUCUCCCCUACCCAUCCCACCAACUACCCACGCCGCAAAAUCCGUCCCGCCGACCCCGGCGAAUUCACCCGCCUCGCUUUCCACGCCGACCGCCUCUCCCUCCCUCAAAUCGAGUCCCUCUCCGCCACCCUCUCCGCGUCCACCGAGCGCGCCCGGCGCGCGGCGAUCCGGGGCUCCGGUGCGUCGCUCACCGCGCAGUACGAGGCGUGGCGGAAGGAUCUGAUCGGCGCGAUGGGGAUGUGCGAGGCGCUGAUCGACUUCAGUGAGGACCAGGCGUUUGAGGAAGGGCCGUCGGAUCUGGUGGCGCGGUGUGUGGAGUUGGUGGAGGAUUUGAGGGGGAAGGUGACGGCGGUGAAGGAGAAUGCGACGCGGGGCGAGCUGAUGAGGGAGGGGAUUAGUGUGGCGUUGUUGGGGAAGCCGAAUGCGGGGAAGAGUAGUUUGCUCAAUCGGAUUGUGGGGCGGGAGGCGGCGAUUGUGAGUAGUGAGGAGGGGACGACGAGGGAUGUGGUGGAGGUGAGUGUGGAUUUGGAGGGGUGGUUGGUUAGGGUCGGAGAUAUGGCCGGGUUGAGGAAAGGGGAGGCUUCCAAUAGUGGAGGCUCGGGGGUUGGGGUCGUUGAAAGGGAAGGUAUCAGAAGAGCAAAGGAACGGGCAUUGGCUUCGGAUCUCGUCAUUGUCAUGGCAAGCAUCGAGGAUGUGGGCGAUAUUACAGAUAUACCCAAGCUGGUGUUGGAUCCUGAAGUGGUCGAAACUACUCGGGAGGCCCUUAACAAGGGGAUCGAGGUGGUUGUUGCUGUCAACAAAGUUGACAAACUCUGCAAAUCCUUCCCGGGAGAUAACCUGGAGCAGUACCUCGAGGGUUUCCGGACUGGAAUACGUUCUGUCCUCCCCACCGUCAGCUCCGAGCGGAUUCUUUUCAUCUCCUGCAAAGGCGAACUGCCAUCCGCUACUUCUACCACUCAGGACACCAUCCAAGUCCUACUCAGGACCUUGUCGACUGUCUUCACCGAAAUGACCACACCCCUCGACUCCAAUGCCACAGGCGCGUGGAACGACGCUAGGCCGGUGGAUAAAUCCAUUUGGCAAGAAUCAUUGGGUGCCACGACGAGGCAGAAGCUACUCCUCGAUGAAUGCGACCUUCAUCUUCAAGAUUUUCUAGAUAGUGCCGAUGGUGAGACGACCGGUGAAGCGGAUAUCGUCAUGGCAGCGGAACAUCUUCGUUCCGCGGCGGAGUGUUUUGCACGAAUCACUGGACGUGGCAGUUCCGGUGAUGUUGAGGAGAUUUUGGGUGUGGUGUUCGAAAAGUAAGUGGCCAUUUCUUUAUCUCCAUGUCCUUACUCAACUGGAUUUGAUUCAAAUUGACUGUGAGCAAAGGUUCUGCGUAGGCAAAUAACGUUCUCGCAGAAACAUAGACUGUGGAAAUCGGAGAAAAAGAUGCGUUUCAAUGAAUAAUACCGACAUGUAAGAAAUAAACGAUGCAAACGCUAGAAAUAUACUGGAGCUCGAACAUGCCCUACAUGCCGCCAAAUCUCAAAAAAAUGCAGUCCAGAACUCGGAGAACUGGUCGGAAGAGUUGCGUCGUGCUCAUGCUAAUGUC